GGCGCGGACCACAUCACACUCGGCGAGUAGCUCGCGGUGCGGGAGCCGGCCAUGAGUCCACCGGUCGCCGCGCUGCGCCAGCUGCGGGCCGCGGCGUGGUGCGCGCCCCGGCUGGCCCUGCCCGCCCUCCUCCUGCUAGCGGCGUGGCCCCGGCCCGGCAGCGCGGGCGAGAUGUACGACACGACGCACUGCGAGGAGCGCGGCGCCAAGGAGCUGGUGCGCCCGUCCGAGCCCUUCAUCUGCACGCGGGCCGGCAACCUCAACGGCAUCCGCCUCAAGGACGAGUGCGAGAACGCGCUGCGCAACAUCGUCGACGGCCCAGGUGCCAUGACGGCCCAGCGGCCGCAGCCCAUCAACGCCAACACCUUCUGCCGGCCGGGCCGGGACGUGAACAUCGUCAAGUCCGAGUUCACCUGCUACUGCACCGACCGCCGCCAGUGGGACUGUCACAAGGGCGCCACGCCCGAGAAGCCCAUGCCGGGCAGCAGGAAGGGCUCCACGGCCGGCCGUCAGAAAGUGCCGCGCAAGUGCGAGAGCGACAUCGUCAUCCACAAGAUGUACACCGACUUCUGCGACAUGUACGGCAUGUACGUGACGUACGACGACUGCCUCACGCCGCGCAACCACACCAUCACCGUGCAGAACUGGGUGCAGCGCGACACGCCCGUCGUCUGCCUGCCGGGCUCUUACACCAUCUACAUCCGCUGCCAGCUGUGCCGCUGCCUGUCGGGCGUCUACCAGCAGGACUGCGAGUUCGUCGACUGCCCGUGGACCACGGCGUCGUAGUUGUUGUAUUUAUUGUGUGCGGGGCGUGCGGAGAGCGGAAGGGAAGUACAGGAAAGCAUUUCCACCCUUUUUUCUA